ACAUUCUGCAUAUGAAAGUCGAUUGGGGAAAGGGAGUUUGUCCUGCGCUGACCGAGUCGAAGGCGUCGGUGGUGAUCCAAAGGCUGCCCGCGCACAUCGAGGUCGUGUGCGCGAUAUCCCCGCAGGAGGCUGCCUGCCCUGCGUGUGUUAAAUGUCUUUUGCGUCGUCGCAUCUUGGCGGAGGAAGUCGGUCAGCGUGCAAUGAAGGACGAAAUCGACGCGGCGGUCGCCUUUCUGGUGCGCGUCAUCGCUAGGAACUCGAGCCUGGACCGGGCGCAGGUGGACGCCUUGGGGGAGCGACUGCGAUGCGUCCUCACCGAAAGGUUCCGCGAUCAUUGGUUCCCCGAGCGGCCAUCACGGGGUCAAGCGUACCGGUGCAUUCGAAUCAACGAGACCGAGCCUCGAGAGCCUGUGCUGGAUCAGGUAUCGCGCCGCUGCGGGCUCGGAUACGAUGACCUCUGCCUGCCUGCUGAGCUGACCGUGUGGGUGGACCCCGAGGAAGUAGGCUGCAGGUUUGGAGAGCGUCGUGGUGUGUACUAUGUGUUGGCAUCAUUCAAGGGAGGCAGGAAAGAGAACUUUGUGGACCAAAUUAACAUUGACGAGUUGGAGCAGCGUUCUGGAGACAGGCCCAAACAGUCCCUGCAGGAGAUGGGGUCUGGACGGAAGCGAGGUGUCGGCAGUGGCAGUGCUAGGGCUUCCUCCUGGGGUGUGGCGCCUCUCAAAGGUCCCACACCCUUCAGCCCGCCGCAGUUCCUGUCGCGCGGCGGCACCCUGUGGAACCUGUCGGCUGGCCUUCCCCCAUCCACGACUCCGGGCCAGAAGCCUGACAAGUACCAUUGGGUCAACAAGGCACUCGUGAAGGCUUGACGGCCCCAAUCCCUCCAUCUUUUAAAUGCCAUCAUGUUUUUAGAGCUCUUUACGAGCCACUUUUUGGGCUCUUGGCUCAGGACACACAAGUCUUUAGCUAUGGCUGAUGCAAGGCACUUUCCGCAUUCCCAUCCCGCUUUGUCUUUCCCAUCCCGUAAGGCAUUUGAGGCAGUGAAAAAAAAAAGCUGCUUCAUAUCUGACUUCAUAGUUCCAUUGCUUCAUUUUGCUGUUGCCCUUUGUUUGAGUCCAAAUUGAAAUUAGACAAGCUGUUUACACUGCAGACACUGCCACUGUAAUGGUCCUGCGUUCUCGAUCAGGUGUAACGAAGAUCUGUGCUUUUUAGGCACAUACUGCAGCUUGCAGCCUCAUGGUCGUGUAGCCUGGUUAUAUAUUUUAAACAAUGUUGUUCUUUUAAUUAAGCCCAUUACAGAGUCGGUGUAUGCAGUUAAAAUUGUUUUCAAGUUUUUAUUUCAUGAUAUUAUCUGUACGCUGAGGUAGUACCGUACAUCUUUAUUUUACAACAGACAUGCAGCCAUGUCAUUUUCUUUCCCUGUCUUGACCUCAUAUGUGCAUGUUCAGAAUAUUCUGUUCCCUCGCUAUUCCUUGAAGGUAUGGAACCAAGGAGCUGGUGUACUUAAUGUUUGCGGCUUGACAGUUGUCCGGCAUUCAGUGUGAAAUGACUUAACCAGUGUACGAGAUUUAGCAGAAGCGCUGUAGAAGUGAUGUUGGUCAAUAUUUCCCGCUCGUAAUUUGGGUCAAGGUCCUCCAAAUGGUGCAGAGUUGUGCCUAUACGUAGUGUAGUGUGAUUGGCCUUUACCAUGUCCUUGUAGCCUGCGUUAUCAACCAGCUGCGGCCGAGGGCAUUGUACGCUUUACAGCGGAAGUCCACUGGAAGGGUGCCAGAAAUUUUGGUCACACUCUCAACCAGAUUGGUGCUUUAUACUAAAAGACCCUCCUGUUAUGUUGAGUGUGAGAGUUGGGAAACGAUAUGAGCCUGAUGUGCUUAUCCUUAAAAGACCGAUUAGGGGACAAUCUGGAAGCCCUUUCGGGGGCUGUCACCUGCAUUGUGCCUGGUGCUUGUCAGAUCAGCGCUUUCUUUGUGUUCUUAUUGCCUGUGUGAUAUUUGCUUUUUGCACCUGGUUCGCAUGUGAUGAGUACUAGUACAAGAAGCGCACAAAUGUAUCUAAACCUCAUGUGCAAAGCACCCUCUUACAUGCAAGUUGGAGAUGCAACUUAAAAGGACUUUUUGCAAUGCAAACUUAAAGAGAUUCAAGCUUUUGACGACGGUUUUAAGGCUACCUCUUUGGCGUGUAGACGUCUGUCGGCAUCUUCAUCGGAUGGCGCACUUGUGAUGCAGGAAUUUUGUGAUUCUAUACAAAGUGCUCUUGAAGCUGCUUUUACUCUGGUGCACUGUGUGUUGUCAUUUCACACUCUUAUCCACUGUGGCGGGACCUCGAUCAUCGUCAUCCCCUUCCCUCCAUUCCUGGUAUUCAUUUCAUUGUGCAGGUUUCCUGCACGAUCGUAGUCUUGUACAAUGGCAUGGACAUCCCAGCAAACAAUGCGUACAGUAUUUGAUACCAAACUACAAAAGCUGAUGAGCGAGCACGAGAUUUCAUGUUGCUAGUGCGUCCCCUGCAGUAGCUGCUGCCUGUGGUGUGUCUGUGCAGCUCACAGUUGCAAGUUGUUUCCUUAUUUUGCAAGAACCAUUAACCCUCGAGACUAUGGAAUCGUACUAAUGGAACAGGCUAUGCCAUCACAUAUUGAGUUUAUGCAUGCGUUCAGACUGCCAGCUUUUAUUGCGCAAAUCAGUAUCAUGCAAGACUUUGCGUACAUUACAAAAAUGUGUUCACUAGCAUUGUUUUGUUACUUGCAUUUUCAUACCUAAUAUACGUUAGGUUCUCCCCACGAAGCCAUUUUGUGUCAUUUAGAGCAGAAAAAGUCCUACGUGUUUUAGGGCCUUUUCCUUUUUCUGUUGUUAAUUGUUUUACUGGCCAAAAUAAGGGAUCAACAAAUGACACCUUUUGCAUAGAGUGUAAAAGUCGUUGCCUUUCUUUUAAUAUGUUCUCGUUCUUCGAGCCUUGCAGCAGUGGGCCACAAAUGCCGUCAGGGAAGCUGUCCUAUGUUCUGUUAGUGUCAUUAUUUAAGCUACUAGGCCAAGUAAUAUAUAUACACAAAUUCUAGUAUUUGUAACUGUUGUCCUGCUACGUUAUGUGGCGUUCCGGUGGUGUCUUGGAAGUUACUUUGUGAUGUGUACUGUGCACUGUUUGGUGUAUACCCUACCUUUUAUUUGUAUUAAAGGCUGUUGAUGCUUAUGCC